GCGAUCAGCAAACGUUGUCGGGACAAAUCCCACACGUGUCGUGCUGUAUUCAAAUUAAUUAGCGCCAUAACGUUGUCAUGAUUACCCCGAGCAGAGGAGAGGUGUUCACCUAGUUCGCUAUGUCGGCUAACUAUCCUACGCCUCUAUACGAUCACGCGGCGCGGGGAGACUUCCGCGACGUUUACGAGCCGUCGGAGGAUUCGUUCCUGCUCAUUGACGCGCUGGAGAAAGAUGUUCACAAGCUUCAGCAGCUAAGCGGGCCGUGCGUGUGUGUGGAGGUUGGCAGUGGUUCUGGGGUAGUGUCGGCCUUCCUGGCAUCCCUGCUCGGACCUUCGGCCAUCUAUUUUUGCACGGAUGUGAAUCAUGCAGCAGCGCUGUGCACCACAAAGACUGCAUCACGCAACUCUGUGGCCCUCGAACCCAUCAUCACAGACUUGGUGGAAGGUCUAUUACCCAGGCUGAGUGGAGAAGUGGAUGUGCUCCUUUUCAACCCUCCAUAUGUGGUCACACCAUCCUGUGAGGUCGGCAGCAAAGGCAUAGAAGCUGCUUGGGCUGGUGGAAGGAGAGGCCGUGAGGUAACAGACAGAUUUUUACCAAUUGUAUCCAAGUUGCUGUCCAGUCGAGGGCUCUUCUACUUGGUAACUAUAGCAGAGAAUGAUCCAGAGGACAUUAUCCAGAUGCUGAGUGAAUACGGACUGCAGGGAAACCCAUGCCUGUCAACCAGAGCUGGAAACGAGAGGCUGACAGUUCUGUGCUUCCAUUGGCACAAACAUGCAUGAACUUGCUGAAUCACUAAAGGAAACAUAUCAGAAUAAUAAAACCCCUCCACACACAUACAUGUACAAUGAUAUAUACACAUUUUUUAAUGGCGCUAAAACAAUGGCUAGUCGGAGUAAAUGUUUUUUUUUAACUUGUGUAAAGUUGGAUUUUAAUUUGAAUUACAUUCUGCAAUGUGAAAUGUGUUACAGUAGUCUUACAGCUUUCUAACUGAAUCUUGUCCAUUUGCUAUUAAAUGUGAACCAAGGUAAAAAAAAAAAAUUCUUCUGGAAUGAAAUACUUUCAAAUUCUUCAUUUGUAUGUAGAAUUAUCACAGCCCAUCGAGACAAACGAAAAUAUAAAUUCUAAAAUGUUUCUUUAAUGAGCAUAAUUUGGUGCCAUCCACAAAAAAAUCACCAUGCACACAUGGAAUGUUUCAGAGGCCCUCGUUGGCUACAGUGUCAAACUACAUAAUUACUGAUGGUAUGACUAGUGCUGUGAAUUGGACCUCCAGAUAACAUGUCCGUCUUCACCAAGAUGGACAGCUCCUCCGGCUACAAGCUCCAUUGCUGCAGGGAACGCCCUGUGCUCUGCCUCUUUAAUUCUGUCUGAUAGACUUUCCUCUGUGUCUGUGCUUAACACUGGAACAGCCUCCUGCACGAUGAUUGCCCCUGCAUCCACCUCCUCCUGGAAAAUUUAAAGCAUUUUUAACUUGGCUUUCAUGGUAUGAUACAUCUUUGGAUAACAAUGUGGCUGACUUACUGCAACAAAGUGGACUGUGCAGCCGCUAACCCGCACCCCAGCCUGAAGAGCUUGCUUUUGAGCAUUCACACCCUUAAAGGAAGGCAGCAAGGAGGGAUGGAUGUUCAACAGCUUACCUAACAAGAGACCACGUUUAAAAGAAAAGCUAAAAAUGAAGAUUUGUUCAGUGAUUAUCAGAACUUCAACCUACUGUUCCACUUCUUGACAAAAGAUCCCGUGAGGAUCCGCAUGAAUCCAGCCAGACACACCAGCUCCACCCCAAACUCUUCUAGCACACGGUCAAUGGUGCUGUCAAAUUCUGCUCUGCUCCCGUACAGUUUAUGGUCCACCACCUAGUUUAAGUCACACAAAUUGUCACAAUCAUGCGGAAACCUCGUAAGUCCAAAUAUACUAGUACAGGAGUCCCUUUCCCCAUUUGUUAUAAAGACAGAAGUCGAUGCGAACGGUUUCGCACCAAUUCUGCAAAGCUGGCAGAGCAACAAAAGAGCCAAAAAUUUUUGUCUGAUGAGGGGGAAAAAGGGGGGGCUACCAUGAUAUACAGAAUAAACAUUGGCCCGGCUUUCACUCGCUGGCGUGACACCCCAUGUGUGUGGGUUAGCCACACUAACCAGAAAGGUGACUAACCGUCAUAUACUAAUAUUCAGCCAUAACUGGAUUCAUUACUUUAUUGCUAUUCAUCCUUCACACAGCCAUCUGCAGGCGACCGGGAGAUUGAUUUUUGAUUGAUUGAUGAUUUUACUACACUGUGCGGGUCUGCGCCGGUCUUCAUGGGAAGCGCAGUCUUCCUUAAGGCAAAACACUACUGCUUUUGUCCACCUGUGUCGCUAAAAUCGACUAAAACUGAAAAGUUGGUGUUGCUUUAAAUAUUGUCUACUAUGAAUUGAUGUGGCUUUGUAUUAUUGUUGGUGGUGACAUACUGUCAAAAUGAAUUUCCCUAUGGGACUAUAAAGGCUAUUUAGCCGUUUACAUGAUUUUGGGGUUUUAUUAAUACGCAACAUGAUAGCAAUACAAGGUGAAAUGCCAAUUUGAAUGAUGCAGUGAUCGAGUGAGUAUUUCCUGAAAAGUAGCAAUUUUGGAGACGCGAGGAGAAGAUCUUCAGUCAUGGUUCCUGUUGAGAGAAAUGGUGGAGGAAAUGUUUUGUAUUCAUGAAUGUGUCCUCAGUUGAUGUUGAAAUAAUGUUCCUAUUGCUUGUUAUUAUUGACAUAUUAUCUUUUCGCCACAAGAUGGCAGGAUGGGACUUAAUUGUCGAAAGUGCUACAUUUAUUACUUCUUUGUGUUUGACUUUGAUGACUUUGAUUUGUGGGAUUGCCUGUGAAGACAGCAAUGAGAGAGGAUGUAUCCGCAUGUCAAUGGAAAUUAAAUACGCCGAGUUUUGGCUAAAAGACAACUUAUUCUCCGUCAAUUCUUCCUACGAAUGCAACGUUGAGCUGCAACCACCUCAAGAGUUCCCACAGAAACGCUUUACAAAAAAUAUGGAGUACCCGUGUCUGGAUACCAGCCAGCGCUGCUCUCUUGAGACCCUGUACUCCAGGCUUGUUGGAGAUGACCACAACAAUUUCUGCGCAGCUGGAUGGACGUUUGGCCUGUUCGAUCAGAGCUUGAAGAUUGGUACCUGGAGAAGGAAGCCAAAGAAGCGUUUUGCAUCCAUUUAAUUUCAUAAACCUUCUUAAUGAAAUAAUAAGCAAACCUGUGCCUGAGAUGAGAACCCCAACUUUGGUCCUCUUGUGAGGAAUGCUGCUAUCAUAGAGGCAACUGCCAUUCUUAGAGGCUGGACCAGCAUUUAGCAAGCUGUGUUUGAGGUUACGGACCACCACAGACUCUGCUCCUACAGCACCGCAUUUACAUUGUCAAAGCAUAUUGUGUAUCUGCCUGUUUGAAAGUUCCAGACAUUAGGUGUCUCACCGGGUGGCUUGUGAGCAAGUGCACCCACAAUCCAGGCCUCCUCAUGGGCUUGCAGCUGCCGCAAGACUCUCUGAGCAUCCACAGGGGCAACCACGAGCACCGCACCCAAACCGCAGUUGAAGGUGCGAGUCAGCUCACGCUCACUAAGGCCACCCUCCUUCUGCAGCCAAGAAAAUACUGGUGGGAUGCUCCAACGAGACGCAUCUUCCCAGAAUAAAUGAAUAAACAAAUAGAAAUGUUUUAUAUAUUUAUACAUUGAAACCAUUCAAUGUCUACGAUUAAGAGGGAAACAAAGAGAAGUAAUUAAUUCUUAAAUACAAACAUGCCUUACCUAAAUCGACAGCCAACCCUUGGGGCAGAACCCUUGGGAUAUUUUCCAAAAGUCCUCCUCCAGUGAUGUGAGCAUACGCUUUGACUGCACCGCUGCGCAAGAUAGGAAGGAGCAGACGACUGUAGAUCUUUGUUGGUGUCAGCAAAACCUCCCCUGUAGAUCAUCAGGAAAAUAAAGAAGAAUACAUAGUUCCACCUCAGCUCCUAUGUAUAGUUGCAUGCAAAAAAUACUCAACCUCCUGAUGUAAAAAUCAGACGCAUUCUUACCUACAGUUUUUUCAGGGUUACCAAACGGUGAUGGGGAGCUGUAGCUGAGAUGCGUUUGCUCCAAGACCUUGCGCACUAAGCUGAAGCCAUUGCUAUGGACACCGGAGGAUGCCACGCCUAUCAACAGGUCUCCUUCACUGAUGUCCGCCAGCCGAGGCAACAGGGCUCCCCGCUCCACUGCUCCCACACAGAACCCAGCUAGAUCAUACUCUCCCGGGAGGUAGACACCGGGCAUUUCUGCUGUCUCUCCACCUGGACACCCACACGGAUGGACGGUUCAAUAUGGCAGCCUAGAAUUGUGGAAUUGCUGAAGGCUGAGUCUUCACUUACCAAGUAGAGCACAGCCAGCCAUUUCACAUGCUUUGGCGAUACUCGCGACCACUGUGGCAGUGACAUCCACAUCCAAGACGCCACAUGAGAAGUAGUCGAGAAAGAAGAGUGGCUCAGCCCCCUGAGCCAGCACAUCGUUCACACACAUUGCCACCAGGUCCUGACCGAGGCCACCAUGUUGUCCACAUGCCUGGGCAAUCUGAAUAAACCAGAGCAAAACAAAUAUUGUUCAGAUGUCAUGAUUCUUAAUGGUUUUUAUGUAUGCACUACCAGUCAUCAGAUACAUCGCUGGGAUUAUAAUCUGGCCAAAAGAGGAGAUACAAACCACAGACAUCAAGCCCAGAAACCACCUCACCAUGCACGGAAAUGUUAACCCUAAAUCCAGCACCCUGAGACAACACACUAAACGGAAAAGAGGGAGUCUGAGGACUAGAAAAUGUCGAGUCCACACUCCAUUGUGAAACAUUGAAAACCAUAGAAUACAGUAUAUAAAGAAAAUAAUCCCGAAAGAUAAACUGCUAAGUGAAUGUCUCGGGCAGCAAAUACGAUGAGAGUGCAGAAGGGGAGUAGACAACCUUGAGCCCCUACAUGGAAUGUACCACUGGCAAGGUGUAGUGGCUGACAUCAAGAAAUCCUACCAGUGACUAGAGCACACUGGACUGACAGACAGCACCUAGGCACUAAUAAUGGCAGCACAGGAACAGGCCCUAAGUACAAGGGCCAUAGAGGCCAAGAUCUACCAGAGCAGAUCAGACGCGAGGUGCACGGGGGGACGACACAGUCCAGCACAUCACAGCAGCAUGCAAGAUGCCAGCUGGAUCAGUGUAAAUGGAGAGGCACAACUAAGAUACAGAUGUUUCUGUAUUAAGGCUUCAACAACUAAUCAAUUAAUAAAUUAGUUUUCAACUAAUUUGAUAAUCAGAUUUUGCCAGCGGCAAUGAGCAGUCCCGUUUGGGUCCUUGUUUGUGUGUAAUGAGAGGCUGCGUGAGCACGCCAGUGAUUAGAGCAAUAGUUCACUGCUACACUCAGGUUGGGUUGCUGAAUCAAUCAUUUUAUGAAGUGUCAACUAGGGUUAGAUUGUCUUUUGUGUUGCUAGAUCCAGUGUGCCUCUGUCAGAAGUGAGUAAAUGAAGCCAAUUGUAUUGUUUGUAUUCUUUUUUUGAUGAGACGUGACUACUCAGCACGAAGCGCUAAGCGAUUAUGCUAAUCAGUGUCUUAAGUGUUUAUUUAUAUUGUGUUUGGAGAAGCAUAUUAGCACUUGCGUUAUUGUUAUAUAGUAAAUUUGUCUCUUUUUUUUUUUAAUAAAGAAACCACACACAUAAACCCAUUCGUAUAACAGCUUAGGGUAUUGUUUCAACAAAUCAACUUGUAAAUUGUCAUACAAGAGAGUGAGCCUUGAAAUUGAUUUAGAUUGUAUUUAUGAACAAUUGUUUGAAAAAGAAAGCACAUUCAUUACAGACUGCCCCCCUCCUGAUUUGAUUUUGUUGUUUCAACAAUAUAAAUGAGUCAUUGACACAAUUUAUAUCAGCACUUUGCCCACAAGAAAAAUUAUUUGUAUGUUUUAUACUCUGAACCUACAGUAAAAACUAACAUGUUUCAUGUAUUUAAAAACAGUACAGUUGUAGACGACAACAUUUAGUCUUUAUUGUUACUUACAACAAGCCUAAAACAACU